AUGAAGAAAACCACGAAGAAGACGGCAAACAUUGCACACAAUGCCGGCAGCAUGCAGAAGAGUAUGGCCUGGGCAGUAAAAAUGAAGUUGCGUGUGAUCUGUUCGUACCAGGGGUCCGAUAGGUUGGCUGGUGGGUCAAUCAUACGGUCGGGCGGUAUUGUAUACCGUACUCCGAUGGUUUGUGAAUCCAUUAAGCAAUCCAGAAACCCGCAUAUGCUGAACUGUCAACCGGAUGCUAUUUCUUUCCUUGUGGAGGCCGAUAAUAGUGAUAAUCCCAGAGAUGAUAGUGGACAUAUCUAA